AUGUAUCUGCGCGCAGUCCACGCAGAGUCCUCCAUUCAGGCUCUCUUCGAAUUCAUCAAGGCCAAUCCCCUGGGUGUCCUCACGACCGCCAUCUCAUCACCAUCCCACCCAUUCAUCCAAUCCAGCCAUAUCCCAUGGGUACUAGAUGAGAUCAGCGAUGACCCGGAGGCACCAGUGAAAGGCCGACUACGAGGCCACAUGGCCCGCGCAAACCCUCAAAGCAAAGCCAUGAUCGAGUCCGCAUCCAAUACGACAAAGCUAGAACAGGACGUGAUGAUCUUGUUCACAAAUCAAUACCAUCACUAUGUGACUCCCAAGUUCUACACCGAGACUAAGCCGGUGACUGCCAAGGUCGUACCGACCUGGAAUUACGCUGCUGCCCAGGUCUACGGCAAGGCUACUAUUUACUACGACUCAGCUGCAGAGGAGACUGCUCAAUACCUAUCGAGACAGAUCGAUGAUCUUUCUAAGAUGUGUGAAACCUCAAUUAUGGGGUAUACAGGUCGAGACGGCAAGCCCGAACCUUGGAGUGUCUCGGAGGCUCCUGAGCGGUAUAUUGAUAUCAUGAAGAAGGCUAUCAUUGGCAUUGAAGUCACGAUUGAGAGUAUUGGAGGUAAAGCCAAGAUGAGUCAGGAAUCGGGAGAGGGUGAUCGCCAGGGCGUGAUUGAAGGGUUCAAUGGCUUAGGUUCGGAUGUGGGAGCAUAUAUCGCGCAACAGGUCAAGGAGCGUGGUGAGAUGAAAGAUGCGGAUGCUCAAUCUCGGAAGAACCCUAUUUCCUAG